CAUUUGUCUGAGUGUUCAAUUCUAUAAUACAUUGUGAAAAUCUGAUGUUAAUGUUUUAGGAAUCUAACCUGUUGUCUUAGGAAUUAUAAUUUUUGAAUGCAAGUUAAAUGGCUAACAAAGCUAAGGCAAUUAGCAAUCAUAUGGUUGCAAUCUUGCCUUAAGAUAUUAGAGCUAGAAAGAAUAGGAUCAUAAACAACAAGGGACUUGCUCUUAGCUUUGCAAUUAUGCCAAAGUCUGGGAAUCAUUGUUCUGUAUUUGUUGAAGAUCUGUUGCUCAUGUGGUUACCCAAAAUCAUGGAAAACUUUGGAGUUAAAAGGUACUUAAACUACAUUUCGGCUUGGAAAUAGGCAUUGUGAAUUGGGCUGCUAUGACAAUGGUGAUUCAGGGUGCAGCCUUAAUUGGAAGGUUUUCAUUUUUAAUUUCUGUUUGCUGACAGAAGUGGGCAGUUUGACUUAGAUUUCACAAGGUAAAGCAUCUGGAAGAUAUGCUCUAGCUUGCAGCUAACAGAAGAAAUCUACAAUGGUUUUCCGCCUUGCGGAAGAAAGUGGUCAGUUUGAAUAUUGAGCUUGGAAACAAUAGGUGUGCAGAAGGAGACGAAACAGUCUGUAUGUCUAAAGCUGAGGCAAGGAGCUGAAAAGUUCCACUUCUCUUAAGGACCUGAUGAGUGUGAAGACUGGUUAGCCGAAAACUAACGGAAGGAUUGCAAUGUAAUUUCUACUUGGAGGAAUAGCUGGAAUACAAAGGAGAAUUAAGAAUGGCAGUGCUACUUCACAGCUCCAGGGAUCUGGGUUCAGUUCCAGCCUUGGGCAAGUUUGCACAAUCCAGGAUCCACACCAUGUUGUACUGGAAUAGAAUUAUGAGGAGCUGUUUCAUAGGCUUUCUAUGUCUUGUCCUGUGGAGACGGCAGCAUCUGCAUUCAACUCUUGCUCAAGGUCAUCUGCCACCUGAUUUUGAAGUCACUGAGGGCCAUCGACCAAACAUUCGUUUGGAUAAGAACCUUGUUCAAGAUAAAGAUCACAUUAUGGAACACUUAGAUGGUGUGAUAGACAAACCAGAAUCUGAGAUGACGCCACAAGAACUUCAACUUCAUUACUUCAAAAUGCACGAUUAUGAUGGAAAUAAUCUUCUUGAUGGACUGGAAUUAAUAUCAGCCAUCACACACGUACACAAAGAGGAAAGUGGUGGCCAAGGACAGCCCAUGAGUGAAGAAGAAAUUGUUAGUUUAAUUGAUGACGUUUUAAGAGAUGAUGACAAGAAUAAUGAUGGAUACAUUGAUUAUGCUGAGUUUGCUAAAUCACUAGAGUGAAAAGGACAAAUCAAGGAGUGAUAAUACCCAUUUUCUGAUAUCCAUAGCGGAAACUAUUAAAUAUAUUUUUAUUAUUGGUGAAGGUCAGUUAACUUUAUUUUCUUAACAACUGAGCCAAUCAUAGGUUAUCAGCCUCUUAAAAACACAGAAGGUUAGCUUUUGUGUAAUGACUGCAAACCUUUUAAACUUUCACUGGAUACCUGUGAAUAUUUUUGUGCAAUUUAUAAAUGAAACCUGUACAAGGGUAGCGUGUUACAUUGCUAUCCAAUGUUGUGAAUUUUUCAUUAGCAACAUACUAUAAGUAAAACUAACUCUGAAGUGUUGACAUUUCACUUUAGAUCAUCACAUUGAAUAAUUUGUAUUUAAAAUGUUAUUACAAAGUAACGUAAGUCAGAAUUUUAUUUAGCAGUAUAAGGCAAAUGGAUAAAUUAGAAAAUUAUAAUUCUUAUUCUAGUAAAUACUUUCAUGUUCAAUGUCUGUUGCUUCAAACCUGCAAAUCAAAUGUGGGUGGCCAAUACAUGCACUAGUUAUAUAGUAUUACUGUACAUAUGAAAAUUGAUAGGUAGUGCUUGUGAAAUAAACUAUAUACUUUUAGUUUCAGGAGCUCAGUUGUGUAAUGUAAUGUUGUAACUGCUCAUCUUUUUGUUACAAUUGACUUUUAGUUAAGACAUUGAACUGUUCAGUGGUCAGUUUUUGGUAUACCAUUUGGUAGUGUCGGACAUGGUUUUCCACCUAUCAUUCUGUGCUGAGCCGUCAGAAGCAAAAAGAGUACAUGCUACUGACUGAGAGGGUUUAAGCAUUUCUGUGGUAUUUGGGAUACAGCAUCAGUGUUCGUUUAAAAGCUAUAUGUUUACAAAAGCAUUAGUUUUGUCAUGUGUUGAUAAAAUGUAUUAAUUUUAAAAUGUUUGGCUUUUUGAAAAGAUUGAGUAUUACUAUUUUGAAAUCUGUUAAUGUUCUAUCUUCAGCAAUACAUCAUUUUUUAAUUGGUGGUUCUGGUGAAUGGAGCAGAGUUGCUAACUAUAAUUCCAACCUAAAGUGUUGUAUGUACUUGAAUGCACAAACACUUUGUGCAUUGUUAUUGGCAGUUUUAUUUAUUAUAAAGUAUAAACUCACAAAUAAAA